GUAGCACUGGAUGUGUAGAAAAAGUCGGCAGAGUUGUGUAUGGUGUCGGCAAGGAAAUUGCUCUGAUACGUACGAAAGCAUAGUUUAAAGAGAAGAGAGAAAACAACAAAAACACGGGAAUGAUUUGCGUAAAAAGGCGCAAAGCCCAGAACUAAAGCGGAAUUAUGGAUCAAGCAAAACCUGUGCGUGGCAGUCUACAACUAACGUUACCUUUUUGAAGACGAAUGGAAGUUAGAUGACUUCGAAAAUCCGCUGCAUUCAUGCACGAGGGAUUUUUUUUAAACUUACGAGUUUAGUCAUGGAUGAUCAUGAAUCCCAGCCCCAUCCACGGAGCUCUGGUCUGAGGGUGUCAACCAAAAGCAAAGCACCAUCCCCACCAGGACUAAAGAGGCCGGAUUCCCCAGGUUUCUCUCAGUUUUACCCAGGAAACCAUCAUUUCACCAUGGACCAGAAGGAGAACCUUAAUGAUAAAAACCUCUCUCUGCAUGUGGUUUUGCCUGGGGGAGUGGAAAAGAUGACAGUGGUUCAUGGAAGCCAACCCCUCAUGGAUCUGUUAGUGACGCUUUGUGCAAAGUAUCACCUGAACCCCUCGAGCCACACCUUAGAACUGGUCACCGCCAACAGGAACAGCGUCAAGCUGAAGCCUAAUACACUCAUAGGGACUGUGGAUGCGGAGAAGAUUAUACUUAAACCUAAAGGGGAGGAUAAAAACAAGAAGACGGGUCCUCAGAUGCCUGAGGCAACUGUUCGGAUGGUGAUAAACUACAAAAAGACCCAGAAAACUAUAUUACGGGUCAAUCCCCGAGUUCCACUGGCCGAGCUCUUACCAGCAAUAUGUGAGAAAUGUGAAUUUGACAUGGAGUCUACGGUUCUAUUGAGAGAUGUCCAAUCACUGGCCCCUUUGGACUUGUCCAGUUCUCUAAAUGAUUAUGCAAUAAGAGAGCUUUAUGCAAGAGACACUAAAGGACAACCUGAUUCUCCUGUGUGUCCAGCCUCAACAAGUCAAGCAGGAACAGUCCAGCCAGGCAAAGAUAAGACUCAGAAAGAGAAAGAAAACAAAGGCCUCUUUAGUUUGUUCAGAAAAAGCAAGAAAAAGUCAGACCAGGCAACGGCAGCCAGCGCCCCAGCUUCCCCAGUACUUGUGAGCAAACCUCGACCGCGCAGCAUGGCCUUACCUAGCACAAAUUCGUCUCCUCUCAGCUCUCCCACAAUCUCCAUGGACAUGCCAAAGAAGAGACGUGCACCCCAGCCCCCAGUCUUUGUCUCUCAGAGCUGCCCCUCGGACCCUAGUGCUCGUCGGAGACUCUAUUCUGAGCCAGUUUCCCAACUAGACCGUGACCAGGUGUCUCGUUUAAGUCGUGGGUCCUCGGCAGAGUCUUCACUGAAGAGAACCAAACGCAAGGCUCCUCCACCUCCCGCGUCUCCUAGCGCUGUUGUCCAAGAAACAGUGCCUCUAGAUCAAAGUUUGCAAGGGGAUACAGCUGCUAACACACUGGAGGAGAUUAUGGAGCAGGAGGAGGUGACUCCUUCUGUAAUGUCUGCUACUGCUAGUGAUACCCAGGGAGAGGACGGCAGCCUCAGCAUGUCAGCUGAUGCUUCAUUGCAUUCCCCAUCCCCAGAUACUGAAAUACUGAGCACAAUGUCUGUCGAGGGCAAUGGGGAAGAUCUGGCUUGUGAUAUGUCCUCAGAUGGCAAUGAACAGCAAAGCACAGUGAAUGAGUUUGUAACUCUCGGUGAUGUGAGGACAACUGCUGGCACAGACUCAUCUAAACUGGAAGUUACAAGUAGUGGUCCUUGUCAAGUUGAAAAUGUAAGCCAACAGCCAAUCUGUGAAAGGUCUACAACUGAGAGUGCUGAAGGAGAUUGCAGUACUGUACCCAGCAGUCCUCAUCAGCCUGUGAUGCAGGAUGCAGAAGGACAGGCCUGUGUUCAGGAAAACACUGAACCCCUGCAGGAGCAGGCUGUCAGGUUGGAGAGUGCUGUGGCCACCAACACAUCAUGCCCCGCUGGAGAGGUUGCUCAAGUGCAAACAGAUUUCGCACUGCCUGUGUCUCUACCACAACAAAUGGAUAAAGUUCCAUUUGCAGAUAAUGCAACAGCCCUUGAAUCAGCAGGGAAGAAAGAUAUGGCCACUUUGACGGAGGAGCUGAACCCACCUGACUUCAGACAUGUCUUUUCCCACACCUCAGAGACAUCCUCAUGCCAGCACUCAAUACCAAGUGCCCCUGCCACAACAAAGGCACCAUGUGUUUAUGCUACAGACUCUGAGCCAAAGCCCAAGCCUUCCAAUGAGCUGACAAGGGACUACAUCCCCAAGGUGGGAAUGACAACGUAUACUAUUGUGCCUCAGAAAUCUCUGGAGAAACAGAGAUAUUUUGAAGUCGCACUGACACUGGAGAAACCUCCUGUGGCUCCAGAAGAGGGACUUAAUAUUGGUUCUCUUCAGUUGGAGGAGAGCACAGCACCGCGAAGACAGAUGGAGGCCUCAGAGGAAAAAAGUGAGCUACACUCUACUAUACCCAGGGAAGACUUACUGAGCAGCACUGCUACUAACCAUGACACUGUUAAUGGAUGCAUACCUGAAUCUACUCAUUUCGCAUCACCAACAAGUUUACCUAAAGCAGAUGAGAAGAUCUCAUUCUCGGCUAAUGGGACAUUUCAAGUAGGUUCACCAGCAGAAGUCAAGGAGGUGAAAAUUCCACCUGCAACUAAACCUAAACCUGGUUCUUUCCGCUUUGCACAGCACAAAAAACCAUCUGGGUAUUAUGUAACCUCAGCGGCAGUGAAAAGCUUUGCCCAGAGAGAGGGUCAAGAAAAUGCAGAGAGAGCAAAGUUAUCACCACCUCCUAUGCAGUGUUGGGAGGAGACAACUGGGGCUGCUAACAUCCAGUUUUGCCCUACAAGGGAUGACCGGGGCAUAGCCAUCAAGCAAAUCACUAGGCAAAGUAGUUUACCAUGUAAAGAGCCAAGUGCAGGGCUAAGCUUGGAAAAAUUAAGAAGCUUUGCAGCCCCUAGGCCCUACUCUCCUACAACCCCAUCUCGGUUUGCCCAGGCCGUGUCCUCUGCUGUGAGAAGGAGCCAGUCCUUAUACCAUGGGCCAAAGUCACCUCACUCACCUGUUUCACCACCCCUCUCUCCAAUUACAACUUGUUCUUCAGUCAUAGAGUCAAAAGGAUUAACUAAUCUCAAGGGCAGUGAAAAGAGAGAAGUGGGUAGUGACCAAGGCUCCAUUCUGCACAGGGUGGAGGAUCAACCACCAUCUUUUAGUGCGAUUGCUGAGGUGGAAGGAAAGAGCAGUCCAUAGCAGUGCUUUAAUUCUUCUGACAUAUCGUCUACUGAGGAGCUUAUCCUGUCUACUUUGAGUUUUCUACAACACUUUAUUUGACAACACAGAAGCAGAUACGGACUUUUGUUUUACCUCUUUUGGUAGUGUACAUAAAAUGAUGUAUUUUGAUGAUUAAUAA